AUGCACCCGAAGACUCCAUCGACGCCUAAAGGCCGAGGAAAAGGCCGCGGACGUAGUGAUCGCGGGCGAAUCGUGAGCGUGAAAGUCACUCCGAGAGCCAAGACGCCUCUGACGAGCUCAGCAGUCACUGCUGCCGCUGUAUCGGAGACCAACGAGUCCGCGGACGAUUCCAAUGAGACCACUACUACGAGCUCCAGCUCUGCUCCUAGCGAGAGCCAACCCGGUAGACUGCGGGGCUUCAGUCGAGCCGCGCAGUCGAUCAUCUCCAUGCGCAAGCUGCAGAAGUCCAUGGAGGACGUGGCGGACGCGGAGCAGCAGCAGCAGCCGACCGAUUCGUGGUCCUCGGUCAUGUCGAGUGUGGUGCGCAGGGUGAGUCGACACAACAACGCAGUCGAUACGGGUUUUGGACACGCGUCCAACUCGACUGGAGCGGGGGCUGCCGCGUCAGAGAAGCGCAUCUCGCUGGCGCAGAUGCUCAAGAGCCGGGAGAUGAAGAACCUGGUGCAGCAGGCGCUGGUCGCCAACAAGCAGCUCGGACGCGCGGCUACGAUUCCCGAGGAGCAGUCGAGGGUCAUGGCGCACUGGAUCAAGCUGUUGACGCUGAGGCGCAAGCAGCUCGAGCCGGACGAAGACGGCGCGGCAGGUAGCAGUUCGGGCAGAGCGGACAACAACGAAGAGGAGGAAGACGGCGAGGCCUGGGAGGAGCUUGACGGCGUGCACUCGGGUUUCGACCUGGACGAGACGUCCAAGGGCCAUCACCUGUACGGCCGCACGCUCAUACUGGAGGAGUCCUGCCGCCGCGCGCUCGCGCAGGACGGCGAGCAGCGCUCGCAGAUGGACCUGCAGGCGCUCGGCGUGUGGUUCCAGACCACCAAGCUCAAGAUCACGACCGACUUCGAGCGACUGCAGCCGUCCGAGCUCGACCUGCUCUGUCGACGCAUGACGUGCGUGACGUUCCACCCGGACGAGACCAUCUUCUGCCAAGGCGACGAAGGCGACGCGCUCUACACCGUCUUCAGCGGGACGGUGGAGGUGCGCGUGAGCCAGCGGAUCCUCGGAGAGGUGGUGGAAGUCACGGUAUGCGAGCUCGGCAAGGGCGACUACUUCGGCGAGCGCUCACUGCUCAACAACGACGUGCGCGCGGCUACGGUGCUGUCCAAGAGCGCUACGGAGCUCGUCAAGAUCACGCGGAACGACUACAACUUGAUGCUCAAGAACGACCAGCUGGAGUUCCUCUCGCGUAUGCAGAUCGCCAACGGCAUCGGCGUGCAGCGCCCCGUGCAGCGCACCCAGCGCGAGUACGUCAAGGUGCUGACCAAGAAGAAGCACGCGCGUACGAAAGCGGACAUCGACAUGCUCAGCGAGUACCUCCAGACGCUCAAGUUCUUCCGGAGUUUGCCGAAGACUUUCGUCCGCGAGCUCUGUCUCGUCGUUGACUUCCUCACGUUGCCUGCGGGGGCCUGUGUGUUCCGAGAGGGGGAAGUGGGGGACUUGUUCUACAUCAUUUUCAGCGGCUCCGUGGACGUCAACAUCAACUCGAAGGACUUCAAAGGCAACGUGCAGAUGACCAAGCUCGUGAAUCUAACAGAAGGAGCUCACUUUGGAGAGCUCGCGCUGAUGAAAGGCCGAGGCGUGCGCAGCGCGACGGUCAUCACGCGAGAAGAGUGUCAAUUGUUGGUGAUCUGUGAGAAGGACUAUAACUCGACGCUGCGUCGGAUGCAGAAGAAGGAUAUGGCCAAGCGGGUGGGCGUGCUAGACCAGAUCCCGAUGUUCCAGACGCCCGAGUGGACGGGGGAGCUGCUCAAAGAGCUGUCGUACGUGCUGCUGGAGCAGAAAUUGUCUACAGGCAGUGUUCUGUACCGUCAAGGGGAUCGCGCCACGCACGUCUACUUCGUUGUACGCGGCGAGCUCGUCGUCACGAAGGAAAUCGCAGAUCCGUUCACUCAAGUGAGGCACGAGGUUUUCGUUGAGCGUAUCGGUCGCUUCCGGGUGGUCGGCGAUGACGCCGCUGCGGGGGCGAAUUUCAACGAGGUGAUUCAUCGAGAAGUGACCGUGAGCGCGAGUACUCCAGUGGAGGUGCUACUUCUGUCAAAGUACGACGUCUUCCAUCGUCUGUCGCGUUCGGCUCGAGAAACCUUGCGCGCUGCAGCCCAGUCGCACGCGGAGAGCAUCGUGUACUUGGAUCGUUUCCACAAGACGCAGAAGUGGGAAGCGUACAAGCAGAAGGUGCUCCGAGAACAUGUAAACCACGAACGCAUUGAGAAGAUUUUGCCGUCUGCUCCGGCGGCAACGCGCCGCGGUGCAACUAAAGAACCCUCUACCGGAACUACCGCAAAGAUCUCGCAGACACGGCAAGCUGCGGCAGCCCAAACGCCGGAGUCGAGGCGGACUUCAAAGACAACCGAGUCGGAGAAAGUAUCUCAACCCUCAGGAGGGGCGACGCUCCCUCGACUUCCUCUUGCUCCUGUGAGCGAGGAUAAAUCUCCCGAUACUUCUCGCAGUACGGCCUCGAGCAAUAACACAGCGAGGCAAGCCCUGGUCCCAGCGAACGAGUUGCUGCUGCUGGCUCAAGAGACUAAGGCCAUGAAGAAAUGUUUCAAUCCAGACCAAACACUCGGCAACUACGUCGCAUCCUUCAACGUGGACGCACCACCCAGCGUCGCCCGGCAGCGACAGCUAGACGGUGUCUUGGCAGCCGAGGAGCGCCGACAAGCUGAAGUCUUGAAGGAGGGCAACCCGCUGGCAUUUUUCGACAUCAAAGUGGUCGAGAAGCAGAUUGGUACGACGUGGAAUCGCACGGCAAAGCACCUGGAGGAGGUUGAGCAGAGCAUUGGCGACGAACAAGCACCGGAAACCUGUCGGUCCUCUCGAUCUUCUUCGGUAUCACCGCUGCGCCAGCCGUCUCCGAGUGUACGAAACUCGAACCAAAGCUUAACGAUCACGUCACAAGCCUUGAGUCAACUUCUGCAAGAAAACUUCAUCUUCUCUCGUCCUCCAGGAAGCAAACCGCAAGCCCCCGAUGUCCGAAACGGGAGAGUACAACAGCGCAAGGCCACCUCCACUUCACCAACGCGAAAACCCUCCGCCUCCCCAUCGAAGGCGUAUUCACCGUCCCGCUUUACUGCGCAGACCGAGAGUACGAGUGAGGCAGAUUAUGCGGUCUUUGUCAUCCUAGACGAGAGCGGCGAGGAGCGAACAGAGGCGACUUUUGCUCCCAAAAAGUCUCCAGCUUUUCAAAUUCUGCAGUCAGCUAGGUCUCUCUUUGCGGUUCGUGAAGCAGCCGAGAGGUUCCAGGAGAGCAUGGGAGUGACGAACCUCAAGUACUUCGCUUUACCGCUCAAGACGUACGCGCUGAUGCCGCGUGCCGAUCGAUCGAAAGUUGACGAGGAGCGACUCCAGCUACAGCAAGUGGCAGAAAUGAGUGGCAAUAGUCCACGGAUGAGAUCGAUGUCUACGUGCAGCCCGCUCAUUGAAGAGUCUACGAACUCGCUUCACUCAAGUGCAGGAGACGGUGGCGUGCACUUCGCGUCAUUCCAAGAAGUGGCGAUGUCUCGGGUUCCUAGCGUGUCGAACAACAAUGAAGCUCGACCAUCUCUGCCUGGCAGCGUCACCGACGUGAUCGAUCAACCACGACCGCCCAUGCCACCCCGAAGGAAAACUUUCAAUUCAGGCACCACCACGGCUCGAUGCACUUUUGCGGUUGCGAGUGUGGUGCUGUCGAAGCUUGAGGCGGCCCAUGCGCAGUACGAGGAGCCGUUCGUGGCCGUGCACGAGCUCUUUUCCUCAGAAAUGGAGGCGGUGACCUUCGCUAUGAACAUCAAGGCCUCCCAGCUGCUUAAGAGCGCCAUGUUGUGCAUCUUUCCCGUGGGCAAGUGGAUCUACCUCGAGCACGCGCAUGACUGGUGUGUGCAAGUGGAAGCCAACAAGCGCGAGAAGCGCGCUCCAUCCUUGACUGGAGUAUCAUCGCCUACGUCGUCUCCGACGCGCUCGAGGCGGUUGUCGCUCGUGGUGGAGCCCCCGAAGCCCAUUUGGGAGCAAGAGCGCGACGACGCUCGUCGUCUUCACAACUUUAUCUGCGCUCGCAUGGGUGCCCCCAUGGCCGACAAGAAGAAGGAUCGGACGGAAGAGAGCGGCGGCUUCACCCCGCAGCCACUCGUCUCUCUAGAGGACAAACUUGACACGCUUCACAAUUAUCUGCAAGCGACCGCAGCAUUCACGGCUCGAACCGGUCACGGAGGUGUGGCGAUGCUCAAGUACCGGCAAGUCAAGCGCUUUGACUCCAUUAUGAGGUCACGCAUUUCGGGUGCACAGCCUCACGGCAAUAGCAAUAGCAACAGCAACAGCAGCAGUGGGAACUCACCGUCACCACCCAAGACGAUUCUUGCAGCGGAAAAGGUCCCAAGCUCUGCCGCUGCUGCAAUGCGGAUGGAAGCUGUGCUGUUCAAGAGCUUGAUGGCUGCCACCAACGGCCCCGACCACGCUUUCAAAAUGCUAAAGCUCGGUCAGGUGGGAACUGAACAGCUCUUCCUGGACCCAAUGUUCUUAUACUGGAUGAAGUUCAUGGAUGGCUUCAACAAAACCUUCCCCGGCGAGAAUAUUCGGCGUACGAUCUUGACCACAGCUUACAAGGACCAAGACCUUUGGACAGCGAUUCAAGCCGUGAAGAAGAACCCGUCGACGGGGGCCAAGUUAGAGACUGAGAGGCUCAAGCAGUUCAUCUUUGCUGAGAAGCAGCCGAUCAAUGUGGCAAAGUUGAUGAAUGUGAGGAAAAAGACUGACUCGAACUGGAAGUUCCGGAAGUCGUACCUGAAGGACUACAACAAGUAUCGUCUGAUGGACUACAACAAGAAUCACCUGAUCAAAACGUAG